AUGUUAACAUAUGAUUCAACACCACAAGAACAUGCAAUGUUCAUGACAGCUAUACUCUUAUCUCAACAGUAUAACAUGACAGUCAAUGGAAAACAAUUCGCCUAUCGUCUGGAACAUUCAAAUGGACGUGAUGUAAUCGAAACAUUGUAUCGCACUUGUAUGGCUAUAACUGAAAACAAAAUUAUAGGCAUCGUUGGACCAGCAUAUUCAAGUGAAGCAAGACUACUUGCACGUCUCUGUAAUCGUGCUGGUUUUCCUGUUAUUGGCUAUUCAACUACAGAUCCAGAACUAUCAGAUCGUAAUGCAUAUCAAACAUUCUAUCGUACAAUACCGUCUGAUAUUAUAACCGCACAAGCAUUAUUGAAAUUAUUCCAGAAAUAUGAUUGGAAUUCAACAAAUAUUAUAUAUCAGGACGAUAAUUACGGUGAAGGUGGACUGCAGGCGAUAAAGAAAGCGUUUACUGAUGAGAUCAAGAUAUCACAGAAAAUAAAAUAUGAUUUAUCUACAGAUCAUAUAGAUGAUUUACGAAGUCAAUUGGAAGAAAGUCCAUCACGAAUUGUCAUCGUUUGGGCAGAUGAAAAUGUAACAACAAAAAUCAUACAAUUAGCAUUGGAAGCAGGAGAUAUUCUAGCGCCAUCAUUUCUAUGGAUUUUCACAGCUCUUCAUUCAAAAAUGCAGUUGAAAGAUAAGCAAUUAAUUGGAAUGUUACUGAUCAGACCUGUCACACCGCAAAUAUUUAAUGUGUCAACUAAUACAACACUGUUAAAAGAUGCCAUUGAUAUCUGGAAAAACUAUGAUAACCAGUCGUAUCCUGGUGAUGAAACAAAAAUCGAUGGUUAUGCACUAUAUGCAUUUGAUUCUGCAUGGUUAUUAAUCUUAGGCUUCCAAGAAUUUUGCCAGAGGAAUUCCAAUAAUUGUCUUUCAUUAGUGAACACGAAACACUGUUUUACUACUCGUCUAACAAAUCGAGAUAAACUUCAUCAAAUCCUUAAAAAUAUCAGUUUUCUGGGCGUUUCAGGAUAUGUACAAUUCCUCGAGAAUGCAACUGAUCGUUUGACUAGAAGUGGUUCACAUUUUAUAAUUGACAAUCUGCAACCUUCAAAAUCGAACACAAAUGAAUUAUAUGCUGAGGAAGUCUUGAAGCUGAAUGGUAGUACAAGCAACCUUACUCGUGAUAGUACAACUCAAUGGAUUAGUACACUGAAUCCAAUCCGAUGGCCAGCAUAUUCGGGCGCAAAACAAAACCAUUAUGCAUCUCUGAAAGGAAGUGAAUUACGAGUGAAGUCAUUUGGUGGUCGAGGACAAACCAUACUUCUUUGGUUGACAAGCAUUUAUCUAGUGUCACUUCUAACGUCCAGUAUGACUACAUAUUUUAUUGAAAAACAGAAGAAGCCUUGGAUACAAAGUAUAGAAGACUUAAAAAUGUGUGGCAAAUUAUCGUGUGAUCGUAUUGGUGUUGUUGAACGUUCACAACACGAGGAAUACGUUAUGCAGCAUCUUAUGAAUGGAAAUCAGAUGGAUUAUCAUCGUUUAAAACAUCAAAGAGAAUGUUAUGCGAAAUUGUUAAAUUAUCAUAUUGAUGUUGCGAUAGCUGAUAGUUCCAGUGCCGAGUAUUUUACGCAAACAAAACAAUAUUGCCAACUAGAAGUAGUUGGAUUUCCAUUUGGCAAAACAGAUUUUGGAAUUGCUGUACCAAAAUUAUGGCGAUAUAAGCAGGAUUUGGAUAAUCAUAUUAUGAAAUUGAAAGAGGAGGGCGAAAUUGAUCGACUAUGUUCAUCAGAAUCCCGUCGUGCACACUUAUCUAAUAACUUUAAUGAGACUAUUGCACAUGCAAUAUAUUCAAUUAGUGUUCAAGAUCUAAAAUUAUUUAAUGAGCAUGCUAUUGAACAGAAUGGUGUAUCAACUUUACAUGCUAGUGGUGGUAUAUCAAGAGUUUCCUAA